CAAAGCGGAACGCAUAAACAAAUCUUUUUCUGUGGCGUCCAGCGUUGUCCGACCUGUUUUCUGUUGAAAAAUAAGCAUUUUCUUUGGCUCCAGCAUCACACUCAACCCGCGGCACGAUGUCGAGCACAUCCCAGAAACAUAGGAACUUUGUGGCGGAACCGAUGGGCGAGAAACCGGUCACGGAGCUCGCGGGCGUUGGCGAUGUGCUCGGGAAGCGGCUGGAGGCGGCCGGGUUCGACCGCGCGUACACCGUUCUCGGCCAGUACCUCAUCCUAAAGAAGGACGCGGAACUGUUCAAGGAGUGGAUGAAGGAUACGUGCGCGGCAAACUCGAAGCAAGCGGCCGACUGCUACCAAUGCCUGAGCGAUUGGUGCGAGGAGUUCCUGUAAACCGUACGCGCAAUCACCUUGCUUCCCGCCUGCGACAGGCGCCCUCCCUUUUUGACUAGCGAUUAAGCUAUAUGUAAAAAGAUGCAAUGCGCGUUCCUCUUCCUGUCCCGCCCGAGAGGAGAGCGCUGCCUACCACUAACGCGGUUGUUAGAAGACGAGAGAUAUUUUAUUAUUUCAUAAAUAAAUAUUAACGACAACGACA